GCGCUUGACGUGACACGUCUGUGCGAAAGCCCUGCGGUCGCCUUGUCGAGUCAUCGCCAGAGAAGAGCAGAGAGCAGACGAAGCCGCUGUCCGAUGGCUUGAAAACGGGGAAUAACUGUGGACCACAGCGGAUUUAUUGCGCCACAGAAGCCGAGAGUCGGGAGCCGGCGGCGACGGGAGCAGACGAGACGUUGCCACGGAUGAGGAUAAAGCACCUUUGGGUGAAACUCCUGCCUUUUUUGGUUGCGGUUGCAGACCCGGACACCAGACAACACAGAGGCAGACUGAAGUACCAGAUCCGCCGCGACACCGGCGAGUGAACUUGGCUUCUCUGCCCGGUGGGAGGUGUCUCUCUGUCGGCUGCGGCUCGCUGCACGUACCGCUCGCUCACCGUCACGCUGUCGGGACCUUUUUUUUCCUCUUCUCUUUUCUUAAAAAAAGAAGAAAAAAAGAAAGAAAAGGAUAAGCUCAUAGCUGAGUUAUGUAUUUGUAAAUAGCUUGUUUUUUUGGGGGUGUGGGUGGGGGGGGGUUUCGGCAACCAACUGUGGCUUUAAUGUGACGCACUAAACUGACAUUUGUGCUGUGUGGGAGCGGACCCCCACUGCAGAGGAGUAACAGGCUUUUAAAUCAAGUUGUUAACCUUCAUUUCUGCGGCUCACACAGAUGUCGGAGUGACAAGGGCACAAGCGGAUCAAGCUGGGCCAGGCUAGGCCAGGCUAGGCCUACCUAACCCUCUGUCUGGCCUUACCAGGCAGGCCAGCAGCAUCUCCAGGGAGUCCCAUCUUCAGCGAGGAUUGGGGGCUUCAGCCUGUUCACCAGACCUCCACGCCAAGCUGUCACGGAUUGGAUUCCAAUCGCAUUUAGUUUUUAUCAGCCUUUGGGUGGCCGUACUGGUCUGUUGUAUCUCCUUCCAUGUCUUGGAUGUCCCUCUCUGGAUGUUGGCAACAAGAUGGAUUCGGGUGUUAAUUUGACGGUUGUCACCUCAUUGCAGUGCUUGCAUCCCCCCUCCUUUGACUGGCUUUCACCCCUUGCCUUCACAUUCUUAAAGCAAAAGCUCCUUCCUCUAUCUAGGGGCUUCCCUGGGCCCUGUACAGAAGGCCCUUGUAGGAACUGUCGGUUGUCAUGUUAAAGAGGAAGUAGAGUUACCCAUCCGUUUGCAGAGCUUUGCAGAGCUUUUCGUUAAAAAAAAAGAAGCUUGCUAAUAGAGAAUUGUUCUCGCAUUAACACCGUGCACACAUAGGUUGGUCUGAUUGCUCCCAAAACAGAAGUCCUUAUUUAUACGUACAGAAUCCUGUUUUGUGGUCUGAGCCUCGGGGAAAGAAUGUCUGAAAGCAGCAGCAAAGCGGUAAUAUUCAUUGCCCCGGCCCCCCCUCCUCCCUCUGCCUCUCCCUGUCCAUCACCCCAGACCCCCCAUAAGAAUGUGAACGGCUCUGCCAGUUCAGACAUGCUCGUGGUAGAGAAGCUCAGUGUACACCCUGAGGUCCAACGCCGGCGCCACACGAUGGAUAGAGACUCCAGAAUAGCCGAGCACCGUUUCUUCCGCCGAAGUGUCAUUUGUGACUCCAACGCCACAGCUUUGGACCUGCCCAGCAAAGCCGCUGUGAUACUCACCUCACCACCAGACUUUGAAGGGCCCACCACCUUCUUCCUUCUGCAGCCCUCAGGUCCUGGACCUGGGGCACAAGACGCCGAAGGCGGGGAGGUCCCACGAGGUCCCCAUGUGCAAAGCUCGACCCUUCAGCUUGGUCUUGGGCUUGGUGGGGCAGUUGCGGAGGGCCACAUAGAAAAUGCUGAGGAAGAUUCAAGUGAGGGCAGUAUCACGGUUGCUGUCCCCACCAUUGGUAGUAUUGUUCAAGACCACAGCGCAGAUGGGGCAAUAAAAGAGUCCGCCCCGACAGUAUUGGAUGUUACCGACAUAACGGUAGGCAAACCGCCUGACGCCACAUUGCGUCCCAGAGGGUCAGAGGACCUGCAACAGGUGGCAAAGGACGGAAAAGCGAUAGAGCACGGGAAUGGGGGUGGUGUUAGUAGUCCGACCGAGGAGAAAGAUAAGGAGACAGAGGAGGAGAAGGAGCUGGCGAAAAUCCGGGCCGAGCAGAGGGAGGCCGAGAAACGAGUGCAAGAGGAUAUAGAGGAGGUGGAGACGAAAGCUGUGGGGACUUCACCAGAUGGGCGCUUUCUGAAAUUUGACAUCGAGAUUGGAAGAGGGUCCUUUAAGACUGUGUACAAGGGACUGGAUACAGAGACUACUGUGGAAGUGGCGUGGUGCGAGCUCCAGGAUCGCAAGCUGUCCAAGUCCGAGCGCCAGCGCUUCAAAGAGGAGGCCGGGAUGUUGAAGGGUCUCCAGCAUCCUAACAUUGUCCGCUUCUAUGACUCCUGGGAGGGACCGUGCAAAGGAAAGAAAUGUAUUGUUCUGGUCACGGAGCUCAUGACAUCUGGCACACUGAAAACCUACCUGAAGCGUUUCAAGGUGAUGAAAAUCAAGGUCCUGCGAUCGUGGUGUCGGCAGAUCCUCAAAGGCCUUCACUUCCUGCACACCAGAGCGCCGCCCAUCAUUCACAGGGACCUGAAAUGCGACAACAUCUUCAUCACGGGGCCGACAGGCUCGGUGAAGAUCGGGGACCUGGGUUUAGCCACGCUCAAGAGGGCUUCCUUCGCCAAGAGUGUCAUAGGAACCCCAGAGUUUAUGGCUCCAGAGAUGUAUGAGGAGAAGUAUGAUGAAUCCGUAGACGUCUACGCCUUCGGGAUGUGCAUGCUGGAGAUGGCUACCUCGGAGUACCCCUACUCUGAAUGUCAAAACGCUGCCCAGAUCUACAGGCGGGUGACUAGUGGAGUUAAGCCCGGCAGUUUCGACAAGGUAGCCAUUCCUGAGGUGAAGGAAAUUAUAGAGGGCUGUAUCAGAACAAACAAGGAUGAGAGGUAUGCUAUAAAGAUCCUGUUGAACCAUGCGUUCUUUCAGGAGGACACAGGGGUCAGGGUUGAACUGGCUGAAGAGGAUGAUGGGGAAAUGAUUGCCAUUAAACUUUGGCUCAGGAUAGAAGACGUCAAGAAGCUCAAAGGCAAAUACAAAGACAACGAAGCCAUCGAGUUCUCCUUUGACCUGAACAAGGACGUCCCUGAAGAUGUGGCUCAGGAAAUGGUUGAGUCCGGCUACGUUGCUGAGGGUGACCACAAGACCAUGGCCAAGGCUAUCAAGGAUCGCGUGUCGUUAAUCCGGCGGAAGAGAGAACAGAGGCAGCUGGUGCGAGAAGAACAGGAGAAGAGAAAACUUGAGACUGAACAGCAACAACAACAACAACAGCUGCAGCAGCAACAACAACAACAACAACAACAACAACAACAGCAGCAACAACAGCAACAGCAACAACAACAGCAGCAACAACAGCAACAGCAACAACAGCAGCAACAACAACAACAGCAGCAGCAACAACAACAACAACAGCAGCAAGAGACACUCAAACCUUCUCACACACAGGUUGAAGCAGAGGAGACUGAAGUGGAGCAGCAGCAGCUUCUCUAUCAGCAGACGGGCAUCUCACACGCAUCUGAAGGAGGUCUGGACAGCGGCCAGGGCUCCUCAGUUUUCUCCUCAGACUCCCCCCACCUGGGUCAGCUGUCCAUGUCUUACAGCUGCUCCCACUCCUCCCAUCCCUCUUCCCAGCCCCAAACCCCUUACCCUUCCACCCCCUCUGCUAACCCGCAGCAGCACCCGGGCUACGCCCAGCCGCCGCAGCCAAUGCCUGUGUCGCGUCGUCGGCUAAGUCGUAGCAUGUCUGUUUGCGUCCCUCCCUCCUCCUACUCCUUUUCCCACACUCCUCCACCCAUGGCCGUUCUUCCAAAGCGGCCCUCCACCCCUCCUCCAGACCUGUCCUCCUCAUCCUCCUACACCUCCCCCUGCAUGCCCCUCGCAGCUGAGAGGGACACGUUCGCUGGGCGCCUCUCCAAGGCCCUGGAGACGGUCCUCCCCCUUCACUCGGCCUCCUCUCUGCCCAGGGCCAGGCAGCGGAGGGCCAGCCUACCUGCCCUGUUCUCCACCCCUCAGCAUUCAAUGCCGCACCCCUACAGUGGAGGAGGAAGCACAGGAGGAGGAGGAGGAGGAGGAGGAGGAGGAGGAGGGAGCAUCCCUCUCCAAACUCUCCCAGACCCCUCUACUAUUUUCUUCCCCUCCAUCCCUGAGCGCCCCAUUUCCUUCUCGCCUCCUCCCACUGGGCCGCCUAAGGCCUACAACACCCAGAGACGCAAGAGCACGUCCAUUCUCGAGGCACAUACCCGACACUUUCAGCCUGCCUACACUCGCUAUGGGAGCAGCCUGCAUCCCUUUUCUGGGAUGGAGGGUGUUGAGACGCCCUCUCUCUUCAUGGUAAAUCCCGGUUUUGCAGCAGCUGCUCAAAGACUUGGUGUUGGUGAGCCGCUGCAUCUCCAAGGACAAUCUGACCCGAGUUUAUACGGCUAUAAAGACAUGAGAGCAGAGCAUGUGGAAGCAGUGAGGAGAUUAAGUCUCAAUCAAGCGGCCUUAUUGGACCAUUAUGAAGCGAUGGCAUAUGGAGGAUACCCAAUGACUGCACACCAGCUUGGCCACUUGAGUUUCCAUCAGCAGAGGCAAGCAGCAGCUGCAGCCGCUGGUUUUGGUUUUGAUCCUGUUCCUCCACCUCAACCAGGGUUCUUGCACGCACAUCUCAUGCAAAGAAUGAGUGCACAAAGCCCAAUCCCGCCACUUUUGCCACCCAUGAGUGCGCCCACUGGCUGCUCCUCUUCAUCGUCUGAUGGAUGCUAUCUUCCACCACAGCAUGCCUCCUCGUCGGCUUUCCCGAUUUCUGCCCCUCCAAUAAUGGCUGAGGCCGCACCACCAACUGGAAGUGUUUUUGAGUUUCAUCUCGCUGCAGCCGCUGCAGCUGCUGCUGGAGACCCAAGCCUCCUAGCAUCCAGACUUUACCGGGCCAGAAGGAGCUCCAUGGACCUCCCUCUAGAGGACAACACUGGAACUGGAUCAGGUGGUUCAGGCACGUACAGCCGCCUUCAGCCGGUGACAGAAGAGCUGUAUGCAUAUGCCAGUCCCGAGCUCCCCUUGCCUCCAGGAAGUCUUCUUCUUCACCACAUAGGUGUAGCCACAAAAGACCGAAGCCCAGAACGUUCUAGCGACUCGAUGGCCUCCUCUGAUGCCGGGGAGUUCCAGUCACCUCCUCCCCCUCCUCUCCUCCCUCCCUUCGACUCCUCCGCUGCUCAGUUCAUCCCUCACUCGUCCUCCGCUGCGCUCUACGAUUCAUUCGGAGGAGUGUUCCCCAUACAUCCCCAGGGACAUCCACCCUCCAUGCAGAGCUUUCUCCCUGCCACUCCCUCCACCGAGCCUGGGGGAGCAUCAUCAACACAGCUGGAGUCUCUGAUCCAGAGUGCCUGGGCUCGGCAUGGAGGGGUUUUACCAGCCCAACCCGAUAUGACAUACCAUGAGUCAUUGCUGGCCAUGCAGGCCGCUAACCCCACUCUGCAACAGGCUCAGACUCCCACCCCCCAGUCCAGUCUGGGACCCCCUCUGCUCCCUGCCACCAACCAUUCAGCUCCUCCUGGGAACCCCCAACAGGUUGUUUCAUCCAGUCACAGCAUUACAUCAGUUCAGAGCCCCACACACACAUCUCUGCCACAGGCGUCUUCCCAGCCCAGCUUAACUCCAUCUUCCGUUUCCUUGGUGCUACUGCCCUCUCCGUCCCUCCCCGUUGCCAUGCCGACAACGGUCGUGGCUUCCCGCCCCUCUCCUGUGCCACUCCCUGUUGGGGUGGUGCCUACUAUUGUUUCCCCUCCUCCUCCUCCUGUGCCCAUGCCUGUGCUUCAGCCGUUGGCCACGGUGGUGCCAAUCAUCAGUGUAGUCACCGCCCCGCCUGAUACUCCCAUGGAACCGCCCCAGUCUGCCUCUCAGUCUUCAGAGCUGUCCCAGUCCCAACUACAGCCACCUCAAGUUCUCUCAUCUAUAGAGAGUGGUCACUCUGAGACUUCAGGUCUGAGUGACGGCAACGAAGGAGGAGGAGGUCGCCAUGAAGGGCGCUCCACCAAGCGGCAUCAGAGACGAUCUGUGAGAAGCCGAUCACGCCAUGAGAAGAUCUCAAAGGCGAAACUCAAUGUCCUCAAUAUCUCCAACCGAGGAGACAGGGUAGCAGAGUGUCAGCUGGAGACCCACAACAGGAAGAUGGUGACUUUCCGAUUUGAUCUGGAUGGAGACAACCCUGAAGAAAUCGCCCAGAUCAUGGUCCAGAGUGAGUUCAUCCUGGAGAGUGAGAGGGAGUCAUUUAUUGAGCAGGUCCGAGAGGUGAUAGAGAACGCAGAUGCAAAGGGUCUGGAGAGAGACACAAACAGCCAGAUGGCAGGUGAUUUGGCGCAGCAGAUUCCUGCUAUAUCUGUCCCCAUGCCAGACAUCACUCCCAGUGCAACAGCACAAGUGGUCCAUUCAGCAGGUCGGAGGUUCAUCGUCAGCCCAGUACCUGAAGCCAGGCUGAAGGAACAAAUGUUUCCCACACCUCCUUCUCCUGCCCAUGCACCUCCUGUUGAAACAGUUCCUCCAGCUCCGGCUCCAUCUCAGACUCCGGCCCAAGGAAUGGGGUUGUCCCAGUCUGCUGGAGCAAUCAGCUUACAACAGGCCUUCUCUGAGCUCAGACAAAACCAGUUUGAUGCCGGACCCAGUACCGCCCCAGCUUUAAUCCACUCCACCCAUCCUCUCCUGCAGCCUGCAGGAGCGUCUGUCCCUUCACAGGCGAGCAUAGUCUCUCCUACUGUGGAUGCUACGGCUGGACUUGUCCCUUCUAAUAUGAACCAAGCACAGGAGCAGGCCUCGGAUGCCUCUCUUCCUCCCCCUUCCUCCUCCUCCACCCCCUCCUCCAAGCCCGCUGUCUCUCUCAGCCCCCCUUGUUCCGCCUCCCCUCCUCCUACUGUGGUAAAUCAGUCCAUCCUUCAGUCACAGGUAUUACCACAGCCGGGGGUACAGGCUGUGUCCCAACCCCAAGGACAGGUGCAGGUCCUGGGGCAAGCACAGAUCCAACCCCAGCUUUUCACCCAGCCUCAGUCUCAAACUGUCCCUGCUGUCAUUGCUACUUCAGUACCCUCCACCUUACCACCUGCCAGCAUCUCCAGCACUACCCCAACAAUGCUCACCUCCCCUCCUUCUGCCCAGACUCUUCCUCCUGUAUCCUCUCCUCCCUCCUCCACUCUUCCACCCAGUGAAGUCUCCUCCGAUCAUCCUUCAGUCUCUCCCACCUCCUCCUCUACUCCUUCCCUCUUCUCCUCCAUCACCCCCACCACUGCCAUCCCUGGCCCCCAGCUCGCUCCCUCUGCCGCCUCCCACCCCACCCACACUCCCCCCUCCUCCACUGUGGGGCUUCAGCCGGUGACCACCAGUGUUCCCUCAGUCCAACCAGCCGCGGUCCACUCCCAGCCGCAGACGGCAGCCCUGCCUGGGCACACACAAUGUGGGGAAUGCGACGCAAGGUGUGAGGGAUUCACUGAGUCACAAGGCAAACCGGACGACAUCCAAGCUCUGGAGAAGAAGCUGCGGUCUCUCUUCAUGGAUCUCGGCGGAGGGGUGCCAUCCACCCAGGGGGACAUCUUAGCUGCUGACCCUGCCUCUGGAGCCCCCGUGGCAGGUACCUCAUCCCCAAUGGGCCCCUGCUCCAGCACAUCUGUCACCACACCUGGCUCCAGUCAGCCAGCCAAUCCUCCUCUGCCCCCCUCCAGCCUGUCACUUGGGACACCUCUUCCCAUCCAGGGCCCAGGAACACCUAUGUCCACCCCUGCACCGAUUGUUUCUACAGUCAUCCCUGCUUCAUCCUUUGGCCAGACCACUCCAUCCAAACCCUCUUUAACCAGGACAGUGGCCAGUUCUCCUCCUUCAGAACUCCUGCCAUCCUUCCCUGGACCUUGUCUAAUACAGUCCCAGCAGCCUCUGGAGGACCUGGAUGCUCAGUUGAGGAGAGCACUGAGCCCAGAGACCAUUCCUGUCAGCACACACACACAGGCGCCUCACAGUGGCGUACCUUCAGCGGGACAACCAAUUCCCUUCUCUCUGGAGGAAGCAACUGGGUUGUCUUCUGGUCCUCCUCAUCCUUCAGGUGGAAUCAAACUGGGAAGAUUUCAGGUCUCAUUGGCUACUGAAGCUGCUCCUGUCCAACGACCAGCUUGCACUGAAUCUUCCUCCACCACCUCCUCCUCCUCGUCUUCUUCCUCGUCGUCCUCCUCCAGUCUCUCCAGCCCGGAGAACACACUGCACAAGGAUUCCCCGUAUCCUCUGAGAGGGGGAGGAGGAAAAGGAGGAGAUGUUGUGGACGGACUCCCCCAACGGACUCUGGGAGGGUCACACUACCCCUCCCCCCUCACCUCACCCUGCCACUCUUCUAAGCCCACCACUACCAUCGGACGCUUCCAGGUUACCACCAACCCAGAAGCCCGUGUUGGUAGAUUCUCAGUCAGUCGUGCCCAGGAGCAGAUCCUCGAAUCCAGGCAGACUCCUCCACCCGCUGCCCAGGCUGCUAAUGGACCCAGUAAUUCUGGGCCGUUUUUGAGUCCAGACUCUGCUCAUAAAGCCUCGCUGCCCAGUCUAAACAACAACUCCUUUAAUAACUCCUACAUUAGCAGUGACAACGACUCCGAAUUUGAGGAUGACGACUUCAAACUGGAAGUCAGCCACCUCAGAGAAAAGCACAUGCGUGAGAUUCAGGCCCUGCACUCCCGUCAGAAGGAGGAAAUAGACGGUCUCUUUACCAGGCUUGGAAAGAUCCCUCCAGCUGCAGUGCUCCCUCCAGUUUUAGGCUUGACUGGCAGGAGGAGACGUCCUACCAAAAGCAAAUCCUCCAAAUCCUCCAGAACCAGCUCCAUGCACAGCAGCAAGAGUCCUUUACAGCCAGGCAGCACUUUAUCCGCCCAGAGCGUCCCCACCAUGUACCCCGGCCCGCUGGCUCUGUUAGCCCCCGGAGGAUUAGCCGAUUCGUGCAGCAGUACUCUGCUCCAGCCACUCAAACCGUCUCCCUCCGGCAACAACCUGUGCUCCGCCUACACCAGCGAGGCGGCGCUCUCUGUGCCCAGCCUGUGUGCUCCCACCCCAGGCUGCAUAAAGUUCAGCUGGGGUUCGGAGCGUUUGGCCUUCAAACCUGGCGGCAGGAGGACGCGCUUUCUGAGUACGCCCUGCUUGGCUCUUUGGAAGAUGGUGAAAAAAGUCUGCCCCUGCAACCAGCUCUGUAGGACUAAUAGCACCAACGCAGUGAGCGGUUCAGGUGGUUUGGGUCAGAGCCAGGCGGGUUCUCAGAGUCUGCCCGCCAACAUGUCAGCCCCCCACCAGAGGAAAGGAACCUUCACCGAUGACCUCCAUAAACUGGUGGACAACUGGGCCAGAGAUGCCAUGAACCUCUCACAGGGGAAGAGGAGUGCCAAACAGCUGCAGCCGGCCCCAGUGCAGGGACAUAGCUACGAGGUUAUCCAGUCAGCCAGCCUGAGCAGGAAGUACUCUGCUCCCAGCCAGCUGUGUCCCAGCAGCAUUGGAGGUUCAGCCCACCUCCCCACAAACUCCACCACUGCUACCUCUCUGGCCACCCGCAAGGGCUCCCUGUGCCACACCCCUGCCUCCUCCACCCCACCUCAACCCCAACCUCCCCAGUUCAGCCACUACACCCCUACUGCCGCCUACAGUGCACAAUGGUCCGGUCCGGCUCACGGCCUGUCAAACCCACACCAGGCCCCAGCACAGCCUGGGCCUCUACUGGUCAGCACCUCCCAGCCGCUGGGCCCCUACCCCACCACGGUUGGUGGGCAGGGCCAGAUUCCCGGUCAGGGGCCGCUCCAGGCUUUCCAUCUGACCAACUCUCUCCAGAAGUCCGUCAGCAACCCAGGAGGACCCAACAUGAGGACCACGUAGGAUUCGGGGAGAAGGCCGGUUUGUAUCCCGGCCGACCGGACUGGUGUUGGACAGAGUGUUACGCUUGGUCGGCUGGAGAGGAUGAUAGAACUAGAGCAGCUUGGCGAGCAAGGAGUUUGAAGUGACAGAAGCUGACCUGUUCAAGAACAGAAAAGAUCAAACAGGGAAGGAGGAGGAGAAGAAAUCAGGAGUGCGUUGAGGCCAACUCGCCAAAGUGUGUCAUGAUGCAUCUCACCUCUGCAUCCAUCCACGUGUGUGUGAGAAGCUGUCACAGACACAAAUGCAGUCACAGGAUCUCCAUUUGUUUGACUGGGUGUGUGUUCAAGGAUAAAGGAACAGACUCAUGAGUGCAAUGUUAAAAGGCCAAAGAGAUUUUGACAGGGGAUUGGUGUUAAUUACUGUUGGUGUGUGAGGUGUCGUUUAUGCGCACUUAUGGCUCGGUCACACUUGUUCAUGCUGAGCAUUAAGAUGAUCUCAAGCACUUGAAAACGAUAAUAACAAGCAAAAAUGCAGUUUUUCCAAAUUUAUUACAUAAAAAGGUAACUGGUGGAUGCAGAGGGGAGCAUGGCGGGCCACCGGCAGGGUUUCAUCCAGCGGCUUGCACCCCUUCAAUGUAUGCUUAAAAGGAAGGAUGCACAUAGCAGCAGGUCAAAGCUUUAAUUUCAGAUGAGGGUGUUUAGGAAGUGUUUUUUCUUCAGUAUUCAGAAUUUGGAAAUGUUCCUCAUUUCAAAGCACAAAAGAAAAAUCCAGAACAAAUCCAGGAUUUAAACUCCUGAGCCUAAUUUAGAGUCGAUACAGUCGACGCAUUCUGACUUGUCUGCUUGAGGAAAUUCGUGACAGCUGCUGCGCCGUUACCUUCUGUGUCUUCUGACAAACCGCUCAAACGGAGGGAGAGAGACGGAGGAAACAACAGUGGUUGGCGAGGGAGAGCAGCACGAGAAUGUUUGCAUUACAUAACAGAGAGCACCUCAUCCGUUUCCCAGUCCACUGCUUACUUUAGGAGCACCGUGACUAAAGUACUGACUGGACACGACGGAUGCCUCUGCACAUCCAACACCUUCUUCACCAUCACGACUCCACCGCUCCCUCCAUCCCUCUCUCCGCCUCUCUGUUGCCAUUCGAAGCAAUAACAGCAGAAACCUUUUAGAGAAGAAAGCAGCCCAAACUCAGCGUGAAAAAGUGGCCUUGUUAACAGAAUAAUACCAGAGUCCCUGUACAGUUUGUGUCUCUGUUUAUUUUUUAGAAUGUCAGCCAUGAUGAUUCCAUUUUGUUGUUUUUGUUGUUUGGUUUUGUUUCGUUGGGUUUGUUCUGCUUGCUGCCCCCGGCUAGCAAUCUGACACACACACACACACACACACACACACACACACACACACACACACACACACACACACCCACACGAUGCAUGAGAUAUUCACAGCAAUACACACACCUGCAUACACAACCAGAUUGAUGUAAAUACACACACAUUGUUGGAGGCGUAGCAGCCAUUUAACAGACACACUCACGGACUAAUGCCUCAGUUCUUUGUGUCAUUAGGGUGUUUUCAACAUGUGUGUUGAAAUGAUUGCAAUGUACAUUGUUGUUAAUGAUAAUUAUUCUAUUUAAAAAGAAACAAAAACAUGUUCUGUUGAUGGACCUGUUAUACGCGCACGUCGGUGUACGAUGUGGAAACACUGUGAUUAUCGUUGUUUAUUAUUAGCGAAUGUUGUUGGACAACAUUAGUUUUUCGGGUGAAAUAUCACAAAUAAAAAAAAAAAAUGUCAAAAAGCAUACAGAGAACGGUUCGGGGUCCUUUCACUUUCAAUUCACUGCUUUCAGCUAAUGGAUUCUCAGCUAAAUUAAAAAUUGAGAACACCUCUUUUCAAUAAUCGUCCUCGCACUCAGUGGCCGAGGGCGCGCUCUGAAACAAAUGCCUUACCGACAACCAAUCAACCGCAGUUUCAGUUCCUUUUUCAUAACUGAUUGAAUUGAAAGUUGAAACUGACCUCCAAGCCUGAUUAUAAGUGAACGGCAGGAUAGUUGAUAUUUAGAUAAUAAAGUAAUGCUAGCUAUUUUCUUUUCUUAAUACAGUACUUAUAUAUCAGACACUUUAAAUCGCCCUCCUCUUUCUUCCCAGUUUUUGUUAGAUGAAUGUGAAUGUAUAAACCAAUGGUGUCCAUUUUGAUGUACUUGAAAGAAGAAGAAAAAAAAAAGGUCUGUCUUUUGUUUUUGCUCUCUUUCGCUUCCCCUGACCCCCCCUAGAGCUUCCGGUAAAUACUGGAGGAACUUACUAGUGCCUUGCAUCCUUCCUGUUGCUUGUUUCUUUCGGGGUCGAGGACUCGGGUCAAAGUAAGCACAUUGACAGCCUGCGUGGAGAGUUUUGGGGGCUGUCACUUUGAAGUCUGCGGUGAUGAGUGGACCUGGUGUGAGUGGAGCAGGCAUGCAGCAGAUUGGUGCAGAUGCUGUAUUAAUGGCGGCUGUUAGCUGCUCUACAGCUGGUUUGUGGUCAAUUCUCUUUCGAUUUCAACUAAUUGAGUGCGUUUGCCCCAAAAAGGAAGACUCGUUCCCCAACUUAGCUCUACGAAGUGAUGGAGAGACCAAUUGACCCCCCAACUCUGCUGCCAUUUAAGCCGAUGAGAUUGUCCACUUAGGGUGGAAAAAGGCCACCAUUUGAAGUCGGUGUUGUUUCUGUGUCUGAGGCCCGUUACGCCACCGACAUGAUGGAAGAUGGAGGGAACAGGAGAGUUUAUCAGUGACAUUUAUUUUCAGGGUUUUAAAUGUAGAUAUCGAGGUGGAGAAGUGGGCAGGAAUAUUGUUUCAGUUUGUAGGAGGAUGUUGUUUGAAGAUUGUAUUUGAAGCUUGAACCACUCUGUGUUUUAGUCAGCAGAGGACACAUUCAUAGUUAACUUGCGUGAAUGCGUCUCCACUGUAGUAUAGGUUAUGUUUUUACCAAACCAAUCAUCUAAAUAUGUUUCGACCUGCAUGUGAAAUAAGCAGAAAUCAAAGGAUUGGUGAAAGUCUAUAAUUGCUGGACAGACAUGUGGUCGGUCCGUUGAAGUGGGAUGAACAGGAAUGUUGGUGCUGCUCUGUUCUGAAAGUCCAGUUGACCUGUAGGAUGGUGAGAGUAGCCGCCAUCAGAUUCUGAUUCAAAGCUCGCUGAUUCCUGAUUGGUGCAAUCCAACUCAGCCGAGAAGAUAACAGAGAAACAAAGAAAUACAGAAACCGCUCGAGUAAAAUAAAAUAACCCAAAAAUAAACCCAAACUUUCAUAGGACCCCGUCACUCAUAGUUAGAAGCUAAUUGCUCCUCCAGUGCAAACCGUUGUUAUCCAAUUAGGAAAGACGUUGACUCUCUAAGCAUUUAAUACUCAACAAGCAUUUACAAAGCCAGCAGAACUUGACUGUCUUCUGAACCGAUUGGGUUGGGAACGCCUCUUCAUCUGAGAAUUGCUCCUAUCGAGUCUGACUGGGACCACUGUGGUGGUUAUGAUGAUUGUGGUGGUUAUGAUGAUUGUGCUGGCGCUGAUGACGGUGGUUGAAACGAUGGAUGUGAUGAUAACGGUUUUCGAUUCAAGGCCUUUGACACCCUGUUCUGUUUUCUCUUUUCAUUUGUCCGUGCAAACGAAACAUAUCUGGUACAAACUUUGACAUUCACUUAAACAUUUGCUGUUGGGAAAUUAGUGUUCUGGAUUCCCUUAAAAACAUGAAAAGGUUACUUUGUACAAAGCCCAUUGCUUUUGCUCAUUGAUUGGGGAUAUGGUCUACUUUCAUGAAUAAUAAUGCAAUAUUUUUAUUGCUUGGCAAGUUUGGUUGAAGCUGUGAAUACUAAUUGAGCCACUUUGCUGUAGUUCUGGUUAUCAUGAUCUGUCAGAAGAAGUCAAACCUUUAACGAUGCCACCAACUUAGUGCCACGUCGCUUUUUGCCAGUGGAGUGAAAACAUCAGAGGUAAAGAAUUUUCAAAACUAAAUUCUGUGUAUUUUUUACUGCUUUCACUCACUGGAGCUGUUUUUGUUGCCAGGUAACACUCUGGACUUCCACUUUGCAAAUGCUCCAGCCUCAAAUGAUUUCCACAGUAGAAGUUUGAUCAUAUUUUGCUGUGUCUCUACUACAUUAUUACUAUGAAAGAAACGCCUACUGUGCAGUGGCUACAAUGCAAUAUUAUUUAAAGUUACAGUAUGCUGUCAAGCUGUGAGGUUACAGUUUGGUUUGACAGUUAUGUUCCCUGCUGGAGGGCUCUUUUUUUUUUUUUUUUUAAACCUCUAGAUUUAAACAUCAGUGGGUGCAAUUAUUGUGAAGUUUAAUUUAGAGUUGUGGUGGAAGGACUCUUACUGUGAAAGGCUUGAGAGUUAUCCAGUGUGGGCACACUUAUUGUGAAGUUUCCUGAAUUUAAAGUGGGAAAGUAGGAUUAUUUUUCUGGCGACACACACAUACACACACACACACACACACACAAACACACACACACAUCGUGUAGCAAUACUAGUUUCAAACUUACUCGCAUUAGACUCAGUUUGUGGUUUCACAGUUUUUGUCUGUUUAGCACUUGCUAGCCUUUAUGCUUUUUACUGCAGUGCCCACGUGUAAUAAAAAAAACAACAACAACAAAAAAAGCCUUUUAGUGCACCAACAGAUCCAGACACACACACACAGAUAGAUUCAGUGCACCUCCUCUCUGUUUUAUGUAGCUUGCUCCUGUGGAAUGAUAUCGAGUCUCAAGCACAGCAACAGUUUCUCUGACUGUUACUGAAAACAAUGUUCUCAACACGUUAAAUAUGUUUCUGGUUUCUCUGAUGCUCUCAUGUUUUUGUUGUCUUUUUUUUCUCUCUCACUUAUUCUCAGUUAUCUGCAGUUGUAUUGUCUGCACCACUCUUAAUUCAGUGGUUUCCUUUUUCUGUAUCGUGUUUGACAUUGUACUAAGUGGUGAGAUAAAACAAAAAUGGAUGAAUGAAAGAAAAAACAAUAAAAUACAUGUGCGGAGUCA